UCCAUCAGGUUUACUUGUCACUUUCGGUCAAAAAUUCCACAAAAACCCCAGUUUGCUUACCACCAAUCUCUCGAUUCUCAUCUCUGGGUCUGCUCCUUAUCUCUCGAUUUCCAAUCUCUCAUCAGGCUUCUCAUCUCAAUCUCCAUCUAAAUCUCUGUGUCUGCUCAAUUGAAUCUCUGUGUCUGCUCCUCAUCUGAAUCUCCAUCUGAAUCUCUCAAUUGCUCUCUGGAUCAGCUGCAAUCUGAAUCGAUUCACUGGUUCUUUGGUCGAUUGGGACAUAUCUCGGAGAUUAUUUGCUGGGUUCUUUGGUCUGAUGCAAAACUAGGGUUCUUCAUCAAUUUUCUGUUGGUACUUUGUUAGGGGCCAUGACUGGAGCUUUAAUAGGCCAAGAAACGGAGAGUGGCUUUGUUUGUGGCGCUGCGGUGGGAGCCAUUUCUGGUGCUUUUUUCUCCGUUGAAGUCUUCGAAUCAUCCCUUGUUUUUUGGCAAUCGAACGAAUCUGGCCUCGGCUGUCUUUUGUACUUGAUGGAUGUCCUUGCAAGGCUUUUAAGUGGGAGACUUGUUCAUGAGAGGAUCGGUCCAGCUAUGCUAAGUGUAGUGCAGAGCCAGGCUAUUCAUGUUUUAUAUACAGAUGAACAUACCAUGAAACUCCCCUACUUCAUUGUUAUUGCUGGAUUCACAUGUCGGUGUAUACAUUGCUCAUAGUAACGUAAUAUGAAAAUUAACAAGGAUUACAGGAGGAAGAGCAAAAUUUCAGUUUAGUAGCUGGUCUUAUAUCAGUGCAGUUUCUUAGUUUUGUGAACAUGAGUUUCACAAAUUAUUAAACGGGUUCUGGUUAGUUGCAAUGACUUCCUUUACUAAAUAAUUGUGAUUUUAAGUUUCUACUUCAGUAUCAAGGCUUUAUUAGCCAUUCUUUAGUAAUUAUUAGAUUACUGUAAGCAUAAGACAUGCAAAUCUUGAGUCUGUACAGCAUAAGUUUCUUAGUUUGUGAUCAUUUAAAGAAGCAAAAUCAGAUUAACGAGGUAUUUCAAAUGGCAUGGUGGCCAAAAUGGAAGCACGUGAAAUUCUCUGUGUUUCAUUCCUUUCUCGUGUUUUUCAUUUGGUCCUAUUUUCUUUUCUUAAUGAAUGCUUCUAUAUAAACAGGACUGCUAGCUCUGAAUACCAAAAGUUGAAGAUCUUUUUUCUUCGAAUACACACUAGAUUGCUAGCUGUAAGUAGAGUAAAAUGUCUCUCAAUUCAAUGUUCUGGCAACAUCUGCUUCUACCAUUCCUGAGCUUACUUGCAGCAGCCAGAUUCAUUUACUCUUCAUGCUUGGACUAAAAUACCCAAAAUAAGUACUCGUGCUCGAGUGUUGAAGCUGUAUAGACAAGCACUAAAGAUUACAUAAAGAGCACCAUGUGACAGUAAAGUACAGAUUGUCUGUACCAGUAAAGAGCUUUGUGUACCAAUAGUGAAAGGAGUCUAAUAUCAUUAUAGGGAAAACUGGCAGCUGAGAUAUUGAUGCAGAAUUGGGAUAUUGCACUGGAAGACUUUAACAGGCUGAAAGAAAUUAUUGAUUCAGAGGUUAUUAAUUUCGCUGUCCAUUGACUCAUGCUUCUGCGGUUAAAAAAGCUGCUCGUAUUUUAACAAACAUUCCGAAAACUACAGUUAACAGUUUCCAUCAAUUUUGUAUUAUGAUUUUUUUUCCUAUGAUGUUUCGAUGUUGUAGAAACUUGUUGCAGAAAUUGUUAUUACAAUCUUAAGAAAAAUUAAUUUAAUUACA